CAAAAGACCACCGUAUAGUUGUGAAAACUUAUGUGAAAAUGCCGGGGAAAAUUGCACUGAAUCCCCUUCCUCCAGGCACGAAACAGCCUGGUCUAGCACAGUCACUGUUGUACAGUGGCAGUAAAUUCCAGGGUCAUCAAAAAAGUAAAGGGAAUCGAUACGACGUCGAAGUUGUAUUGAAGCACGUUGACCAGGAGAAGGGCUUUCUCUGUGGAUAUCUGAAAAUAAAGGGCCUUACAGAUGAAUAUCCUAAUCUAACAACUUUUUUUGAUGGUGAGAUAAUUGGCGAUAAACAUCCCUUUUUGACAAGGAAAUGGGAUGCUGAUGAAGAUGUUGACAGAAAACACUGGGGUAAAUUUCUGGCAUUUUAUCAGUUUGCAAAAUCAUUCAACUCAGACAGUUUUGAUUACAGCCAACUGGACAAUCUAGACUUUGUUUUUAUGAGAUGGAAGGAACAUUUCUUAGUUCCAGAUCACACUAUCACAGACAUAACUGGAGCGUCAUUUGCAGGGUUUUAUUAUGUUUGUUUACAAAAAUCAGCCGCCACCAUUGAGGGUUACUACUAUCACCGAAGCUCUGAAUGGUUUCAGUCCUUAAAUCUUGUCCAUGUUCCUGAUCACAGUCAACCCAUUUAUGAAUUCAGAUGAUAUUGAACAAGAAAACAAAUCUUUAUACUCUUAUAUGCUUCUUAAUGAAUAUUUUUAGACUUCCUCUGGCACUUCCAUGAUGAUAUUAUGAUUUAUGCUUGGUUUACAGCUCAAGUCAGACAAGCUUAGUAGAUAUUUUCCAUAAAAUCAAAAUAGUGUUUGAGGUUUUACAUUCAGCAUGCAUGGUGUCAUGUUGUAAAGAUUAUCGUCCAGUGACAAGUUAUUAUCAUGAAGAGAUAAUGAUACCUUGGCAGGUGUUUGUUUUCUGUCUUGUUGCAAAUAGUUAUGGCAUACACAGCUACACAUAGAAUGUGAAUUAAAUUAUAUGCAGCUGUUUAAUUUGAUUACUUAAAUGAGAAGAUUGAUCAAGAAUGUUAUUUCUUUUAAUUAAUCAGCACUACUACUGCAUACAUUGUAGUGUAUUUCGAAGAAUAUUUGGAAUGAAAAGUCAAAAAUUGGUUGUGUUGUUGCCAUCUAUUCCUUUGUUUGGCACCUCUGUAUGGAGUAAGUUGAGUACAAACAAUCCUAGGUGUUCCCUGGAAGGUUCUCGGUACUCUCUAAUGUAUAUUUUCAGAGAUGUAUCAACAAAAUUCACAAUCAAUUUCAAAUUGCCAACUUGAUGACACCACAAGGGUAUGUUUGUCUCUAUAUUGUCAGAAAAAUGACCAAUUAAUUUAUGAUUUCUUUUUAUAGUUCUUAUUGACAAAAUGAUACCAUUAGGGGGAUAAGGAGUACUUUUACAGGGAGCUCCAACCAUAUCCAAAAGGGGAUUUUGUGCACAUCUGGCUGAUAAAGUUAAAUCUAAUCAAAGGGUUUAACCCUUUUACUCCUAGCAGUGAUUAACAUCUAACUUCUCCCUAUAAUAUCCAUACAUUGUCCACCAAACAUGAGGAUAUUCAAACUUAUCAGGUAAAGGUUGGUGGUUCUGAUUUAUCACCAAAUUCUUGGGACUUAUUUACGAAGAAAUGUGUAGCAGCUAGAGAGGAGAAUUGAUAAUCAGAUCCUGGGAACUAAAGGGUUAAUGUGACCAAAAUCUCAUAGAUCUCUUUCUCUGUGUGUUGUUUUAUGUUUAUACUUAGCAAAGGAGUAUUAAACCUCUUUUUCAUGGUUUUAA